CCUGAAAUAUUGCCGCGCUGCUCCAUCCAUGAAUAUUCCGGAACCCCGUCCGCUCAACGUGACAGAUGCCCUCCGCUAGUAACUUAACGCUGUCAAGGUACAGUUCCAGGACCAGCCUGACGUCUAUAACCAAUUUUUCGACAUUAUGAAGGAAUCUAAGAGCCAGCUAUGCGUUCUCCGUGAUUUCUUUUCGCCUUUCUCUUCUUGCAGGGAGCGCAGGAUCGACACACCAGUUGUCAUACAGCGUGUAUCGCAUCUGUUCUUCGGUCACCCUCAGCUCAUUAUCGGAUUCAACACGUUUUUGCCAGCGGGGUAUCGUAUCGAAUGCACCUCGGACGGUCCGACACACAGCCGAAUCACCGUCAUCAAUAGCGACGGAACGAUUAUCCUUUAUCAGCAACCCCCGAUUCCACCUCCGGGUGGUUCUCCAGAAAAACAAAGUGCUGGACGCCUUAGUCAAGUUAGAAGGAAAAGCAGCUAGAGACAGCUCUCCCUCUCCAUUGGCACCUGAAGAUUCCAAGAUCGAAUUUUCGGCCAAGUUCAUCAUCGAUCAUGUUCCUCGCGCUGCCACUGAUCCGCAGGGUCAAGCUCGUGCUGAUUUGAGUGCCUGCGGAAUCAUCUACGCAGGGACCACACGCGCUAUCUUU